CUGCUUCACGGCAGUACACACCUUGGUAUCGAUCGUAGCAGCCUUAAUUGGCCAACUCCUUUAAUUUGCUCCCUCUCCAUAUAGCAACAGCGUCAGAUCACAAUAUAUCCACAAAGCUUAUAAAUAGUGCUGCCUAGCUUCUCUCUCUCUCAAUGCUAGCUAAACCAUAGCUAGCUUGCCUACCUCCUCCUCUUCUUCUUCUUCUUCUUCAAAAGCUUCUUCAGAGUGGUGGCGAUAUCGACUACACACUGUUCUUGGCUACAUCGAUUGAUUGAUCAGAGAGAGAUAUAACGAUAUCGAUCGGAUCAGUUAAAUAGAGUAAUUGAUCGAUAUGGGGAAGCUGGUGAGCAAGAGCUGGCAGGAGUCGAAGCUGCUGUGGCACAUCGCGUUCCCGGCCAUCCUGACGGCCGUCUUCCAGUUCUCCAUCGGCUUCGUCACCGUCGGCUUCGUGGGCCACAUCGGCCAGGUCGAGCUCGCCGCCGUCACCGUCGUCGAGAACGUCAUCGAGGGCUUCGCCUACGGUGUCCUGCUAGGCAUGGGGAGUGCGUUGGAGACGUUGUGCGGGCAGGCGGUGGGUGCUGGGCAGGUGUCCAUGCUAGGCGUCUACAUCCAACGCUCAUGGAUCAUCUGUGGCGCCACCGCUGUCAUCCUCACCCCGACCUACGUCUUCACCGCCGGCAUCCUCAUAGGGCUUCGCCAGCCCACCGACAUCGCCGCCGUUGCCGGCACCUACACCCGUUGGGUCAUCCCGCAGCUCUUCGCCUACGCUGCCAACUUCCCUCUCCAGAAGUUCUUUCAAUCGCAGAGCAAGGUGUGGGCCAUGACGGCCAUCUCCGGCAUCGCCCUGGCGCUCCACGUUGUGCUCAACUACAUCUUCCUCACCCGCCUCGGCCACGGCCUCGUCGCCGCCGCUCUCAUCGGCAAUGUCACCUGGUGGCUCAUCAUUCUCGCCCAGUUCAUCUACCUCGUCUCCGGCUGCUUCCCGGAGGCUUGGAAGGGGUUCUCCAUGCUCGCCUUCAAGAACCUCGCCGCCUUCGUCAAGCUCUCGCUCGCCUCCGCCAUCAUGCUCUGCUUGGAGCUUUGGUACUACACAGCAGUGCUCAUCCUUGUCGGCCUCCUAAAGGAUGCCAAACUCCAGGUUGACGUCAUGUCUGUCUGCAUCAAUUACCAGCUCUGGACCUUGAUGGUUGCACUGGGCUUCAAUGCAGCAGUGAGCGUGAGGGUGUCGAACGAGCUGGGCGCGAACCGGCCGAAGGCGGCCAAGUUCGCGGUGGCGAUGGCGGUGUCGACGUCGGCGAUCGUCGGCGCCGUUUUCAUGGCCGUGUUCUUCAUUUGGAGGACGCAGCUGCCGCGCUUCUUCAGCGACGACGCCGACGUGGUCCGUGAGUCCGCCAAGCUCGGCUACCUCCUCGCCGCAACCAUCUUCCUCAACAGCAUCCAGCCCGUCCUCUCUGGUGUGGCGAUAGGAGCAGGGUGGCAAUCACUCGUGGCGUUCAUAAACAUAGGCUGCUACUACCUGGUUGGCAUCCCACUGGGUGUCCUCUUUGGCUUCAAGCUGAAGCUCGAUGCAAUGGGGAUUUGGGUGGGUAUGUCACUUGGCACGCUGCUUCAGACAGCCAUACUGGCCUUCAUUUCCUUCAGGACAAAAUGGGAGAGACAGGCCAUGAUGGCUGAGGAGAGGAUCAGAGAGUGGGGAGGGAGGAACGACGACGCGCUGCCGUCCACGACGACGCCGACGGCUGAUGAUCAUAACGUAGAUAGAUGAUGAUGAGAUCAGAUGGUUAAUUAUUCCUUCAAAUUAAUUAAACUUGCAGUUAAAUAGUGGAGUUAUUUAUACACACAUCACAAAAGCUGAGUAGGCUUGUAGAAUUAUUUUGUACAGAUUCAUAUAUGGUCUAUGUAGAGAGAGAAGCUCGGUUUUUAUAGGUGCUAAACCUCAGCUUGAAUUUCGUUUUGUCUUGCCUUCCUUUUCUUCCAUUUUGGUUGGAAGAUGAUCAGCUGGAAAUUAUUGUACUACUGAGGUUCAUUUUCACAUUGAGGUGAUUUUUUGAGCUCCGUAAUUAUAAAACGUCUCUUUAUUUGA